AUGAGAGCAGGAGGAGCGGGAUCGCUUCAUACGAUGAAUAGAAGACAGCUAGUUGAUGAGACUGGCUUUGCGUAUAGUUGGUGGUACACAUGGCCUGACGAGCACCUGAACUACAUGCGCGUGCGCGCCAGAACCCAUGGCAACUUCUUCUUCUCCCUAUUCAUCACCGGCUUCCGCUGGGCCCGGAACAACGUCGAGCACCCAGGCUGGUUCUCAUGGCUCUUCCGCCCCCUAUCAUGGACCUACCUCUUCUUCGCAAAGCGCAAACUCACCUCCCCCCAAACCCGCUCCCUUAUAACCUCCUCCCGAACAGCUUUAACAAUGUGGGAAGGCGUCCGCGAAAAGAAAUGGUCCUUCCUAUCGCCUCCGGGCCAGCUACGAGACCAAGGCGUUCGGACGGGAAGAUAUAAGGUAUUCAUAGAUUCGGAAGAGGAUCCUGCCGUAGAGGCCGUCGACGGCGCGAUAUAUAAUGAGGAUUUGGCGGUUGCGGUUGCGGAUGAGAUUGAAGGGCCGAGGAUGACAUUUUUGCAUUGGAGUGUUGUUGGGAGAGUUGGGUUGGCUGCUUGGUAG